CCAGUAGGCCUCUCACCUUCUGGUCCUUCUUCCCAAUCCAGUCAAUCGAGUCUCAGAAGGUCUACCGUGCCAGACAUUGCCCAACACACCGGUCCCCCCUAGUAACUCUCGACAUUCGAUCUUCACCUGCAUCACUUAUCCGGCCUUGAACCCACACGCAAUAACAAGUAACAAUACCGGCGGACACACAAGCCCACCAUGGGCGGCCGCAGGCUACCCCCUGCCCAUGCCAUCAGUAUCUUCCGCGGCUUCCCUGUUGAGGCAAGCUACACCCCUUCGCCCUUUGUCAACAAGCUUGAACUCCGUCUCCGCAUCGGCAGCGUUCACUACCACGUCGAGGAAGGGCAUGUUCUCAAAGGAUCGAGAAAGAAGAUACCCUACGUCAAGCUUGAGAUCACCGACGGCCGGGCUGGCAAUGCCACCUCGCAGGCACGCUUUUACUGGCCGACUCAACGCUGAUCACUCGCAAGUUCAUCGAGUACAGUUUCCUGGAGGAUCUGAACGCGGACUUUGUCGCCGACAGAUUGGGCAUAGGAUCUGGUUGUGAGGGCCCUGUUGGAGGAAAAGCUGUACUUCUACAUCGUGGGCAUUUGUCAUGGAUCCACGCAUGGCAGACGUCACUAACCGCCGGUUCCAAGUUCGCGAGCUAUGAAUCAACAACUACACCGCGACUCGUGACACGAUGUUUAGAAUUCCAUUCCCCAUCCGCUGGUUCCUGGGCAAGUACCUCUAUCGCGACACUAGGAGCAGGUCAACGGCCAGGGCACGCUCCGCUUCAAGGACGACGAAGUCGCCGCGUUUCGGUUGGACGUCUUGGAGGCCAUCAACGAGAUGCUCGUCGACUCGCGAUAUGGAUGACAGGAGCCUGGUGGGAGCGGCCCCUUUUGGAUUCUCGGGGAAACCA